UGGCCAACUGUGUCCGGUGACGGAAAAAUAAACAGCUUUCCGGUGCCUACGGUGAACUUAUCGAGGACGGUGGACCCAUUGUAACUCGGACGACUAGUCACCUGGUUUCAUCUGAACUAUCAACUUUGUUCCCAACACCGCCAUCAACAUGACUGCUGCUGUGAGAGGCUCUGCAAGAGGGCCUAUUCGAAGCGCUGGCGAUGGCAUGGAAACUGAAAAACCGCCCGCUAUCCUCGAGGUUAUCACAGAUACACUACCACCAGGACCAUCUGCUGUUCCCCUUGUGAAGGCAUCUAGCCCUAAGCACAGCCCAAAAUCUAGCUUUCCUGCUCCCCCUGAGCCUCUCGGAGUGCUCCACCUGGGAAAAGUGAGUCGAGAGGCCUGCACAGAGGUGGAGGCAGUGAGGAUCAUCGUCCCACGUGCAGCUAUCAGCCGGCGCAUCAGAACAGGACCUGCUCAGGGCAAAGGGGAGGUGGGGCAACAGGCUGAGGAGCAUGGCCCUCCCCCGCGGCCUCUUGUGGAUGACUGGAGAAAACAGAUGGAGAAGCUGCAGAACUCUGAACGCAGGCUACUGCAGGACAAGGAAGGCCUUUCCAAUCAGCUCCGUGUGAUGACAGAGGUGAACCGUGAGCUGAAGAAACUUCUGGUUGCCUCGGUGGGUGAUGACCUACAGUACCACUUUGAGCGUCUGUCACGGGAAAAGAAUCAGAUGAUCCUGGAGAAUGAGGCUCUGGGUCGAUGUCAUGCACACACCGCAGAGCAGCUGGAGCGAAUGAGUAUCCAGUGUGAUGUUUGGAGGAGUAAAUUCCUGGCUAGCAGAGUCAUGGCAGAUGAGCUGACCAAUGCCAGAGCCACUCUGCAGAGGCAGACCAGAGAGGCACAAGGAGCCAUUCAGGACCUGUUGUUGGAGAGAGAAGACUUCUCCAGAAACAUGGUGCUCACUCACAGAUCUCUGGAGCAGCUCCUAGUGUCACUGCAGUGGGGACGACAGCAGACAUACUACCCCAGUGCACAGCCCCUUAGCACAGGAGAGCUGGCAGCAUCCAAUCACAAGCUAGCAGACGCCAUCAACUCCCACCUGCUGGGCAACAACACCACCACCACAACCACCAGCAGCAGCAGCAGCAGCAGCAGCGUGGUGAAGAGCAGCAGUGCAGCCGCGGAGCAGCUUUGCAACACUCCGGCUGAGAAGAUGGCUGAGAAGGUGCUGAAGAGUUUAGAUCCAAUUUCCUGUACAGAAAACCAGGUUGACCCCCCGCUUUGUGACUUACCCUCUGGUUUCCUGAGCAAUAAGAAGAGCAUCGGCAGGUUUCACCCCUACACUCGCUAUGAGAACAUUACCUUUAACUGCUGCGAGCGUUGCACUGGAGACAUUAUGGUGCUGUAGAGGACAUGGAGAAACAGCAAAAUGUCCCAAUGGGACAGAGAUGCAGCCUCAAAGCUCAUUUCAAAUGACUGAGAUCUUAACAGGACUGUACUCUAGAGAACAUGUUUGCCUUGCAUUGGCUGAGUGGCUUUAUUUGACACCAGAGGUUUAGCUGCUGCAGCAAACCUUUUUUCUAUCGGUGUGAGUCCUUUGCUACACAUAUCAUUGUCCUUUAAACAACCUGCUGUUGUUUUGCUCUCUUUAACUUGGAAAAUGUUUUUUUUAAUUUAUUUUUUCAGGGGUCAUGAUGUGAAACUGAUGAUGUAUGCAUUUCAGAGCCAUUGCAUCCUGGUUUAAACUAUUGAGUGGUAUUUAUUGCUAGGAUGUGAGGUCGAGAUGAGUCAGUGUUACAUGGUGAACAGACACUGUUAGGGUGUCUGCUUAUCCAAACUUGAACAUUAUACUAGUAUGUUUUAAAUUGUAUUUACCCAUUACUGUAAUGAAUGAAUGUGCAAUAGAGCAAACCAGGCAUCUUGUUGUGGUAAAACCUUUGGGUAAGCUAACAAACUGUAAAUUAGCUAAUUGAAGUCAAACAUUUGUACCUUUCAAAUAAAAAAAGUGAUGAUGCCUCUUACACUGAAGGGGUGGCCCAAAUUUUGCAGUUUGCCAUGCCAUUAUAUUUUUUUCAAAUAUAUUAUAAAUAUAUAUUUUGUAUAAUGCAUGUUGCAAAGGCAUUUGAAUAUAUAUUCAUUGACGGUACUAAAAUAGACUUAUUGUAGAUGUGUGUCCAAUUAUUAGCAAAGAGUUUGACUUUUGUUUGUUGCAACAACAAAAUAAUUAUUUAGAAAGUCCAUUAACAUCUUUAACAAAAAUGAUUGUCAAAUUGUUUUCAUUGAAUCAUGGCAUAGUUGGGUGAUUUAUUUUGAAAUGCAUUUUUAAAAAACUGAUUUAAAGACUGUUUUCUGUUGCUUUGGAAUACGCUAUUAUGAAAUGAAUGAUAGUAACAUACUGCACAUGCCUUUUUGACAUUUUUUCUCAAACCAAGCUGUAUAACACUUUGGUUUAUUUCAUUUCUAUUGAACAGUUUGCAUUGAUAUUGAGUGUAUACUUUACAGUGAAAUAACACCAGAAAACAUCUAUACAUCUCUUUUUCAUUUUACAGAUCAGAUGAAAAUAAAGACCAAAGAUGUUUGUA